UGUGCGCAGCGGGACUGUGAAGCGCGCGCUCAGCGUUUUCCUCUCUAGAUCCAGUGAUCGUUUUCUGCAGCAUGGGUGCACAUGAGCAGCGUUAUCGUCUGUGCAGUGACCGUGUCUCCAUAUAAGCAGUGGAAUUUCAGGUUUCUUCUGCCACUUUGGAUGGCAUCCUGAGCGAGGAGGAGCCCCUGUGUGCGUGUGUGAGAGUGUGUACUGUAAGUGUGUGUGUGUGUGUUUGUGGCAGCAGAGCAUUUCAUCCUCCCAGUGCCAGGGUUAAACUCUGUAGCCAGAGGGAAUGAGAACGCGCAGGUGUGCAGAAGGGUGAGUUUAAGGCUGCAUUCAAGAAACUGAUAUCGAGGAGAGAGAGAGAGAGAGAGAGAGCUGGUAAAGUCGAGAAAUCAGAAGAAGAAGAAAAACGCUGCAAGCUGUGACAAGAGCCUGAGAGAUCUUCUGGUGCAACAUCUUCACUUCUCACUGGAUCCUACAUUAUUAUUUCAGGAAAAAAAAACAUGUCAUCGCAGGCGAAAUACAAGAAGGACAAGGAGAUCAUUGGGGAAUAUGAAACGCAAGUUAAAGAGAUCCGCAAUCAGCUGGUGGAGCAGUUUAAAUGUCUGGAGCAGCAGUCGGAAUCUCGGAUCCAGCUGCUACAGGACCUGCAGGAGUUUUUCCGCCGCAAAGCCGAGAUUCAGCUGGAGUAUUCCCGUAGCCUGGAGAAACUGGCUGAGAGGUUCUCGUCCAAGAUUCGCUCCUCUAGGGAACACCAGCAGUUCAAGAAAGACCAGCACCUCCUGUCUUCAGUCAACUGCUGGUACCUGGUUUUGAAUCAGACUCGCAGAGAAAGCCGAGAUCACGCCACACUCAACGACAUCUACAUCAACAACGUCAUCGUCCGCCUGGCGCAGGUCAGCGAGGACGUCAUCCGCCUCUUUAAAAAGAGUAAAGAAAUUGGCAUUCAGAUGCAUGAAGAGUUGGUGAAAGUGACAAAUGAGCUAUACACGGUGAUGAAGACAUACCACAUGUACCACACGGAGAGCAUCAGUGCAGAGAGCAAGCUGAAGGACGCCGAGAAGCAGGAGGAGAAACAGUACAGCAAAUCCGGAGACCUGAACGUCAAUCUCCUACGGCAUGAAGAACGUGCCCAGCGCCGCAGCUCUGUCAGGAAGAUCGAGAAGAUGAAGGAGAAGAGACAAGCCAAGUAUUCAGAAAACAAGCUGAAAUGCACAAAAGCUCGCAACGACUAUUUAUUGAAUUUGGCAGCCACCAACGCUGUAGUGGCAAAAUACUAUAUUCACGACGUCUCCGACAUGAUUGACUGCUGUGACCUCGGUUAUCAUGCUAGCCUGGCACGUACAUUUAGGACUUAUCUCUCUGCCGAGUACAACCUGGAGACUUCUCGUCAUGAAGGCCUGGAUUUGAUCGAGAGCGCCGUGGACAACCUGGACUCCCGCAGUGACAAGCACAAGAUCAUGGACAUGUACAACCAAGUGUUCUGUCCUCCCAUGCGUUUCGAGUAUCUGCCUCACAUGGGAGAUGAGGUGUGCCAGGUAAGUGCUCAGCAGCCAGUCCAGACAGAGCUCCUGAUGCGCUACCAUCAGCUGCAAUCCCGCCUGGCUACGCUGAAGAUUGAGAACGAGGAGGUGCGCAAGACCCUGGAUGCAACAAUGCAGACGCUGCAGGACAUGCUGACCGUGGAGGACUUUGACGUGUCUGAUGCUUUCCAGCACAGCCGAUCCACAGAGUCCAUUAAAUCGGUGGCUUCUGAAGGUUACAUGAGCAAACUGAACAUUGCAAAGCGGCGCUCCAACCAGCAGGAGACCGAGCUCUUUUACUUCACAAAAUUCAAAGAGUACCUGAACGGAAGUAACCUCAUCAUUAAACUGCAGGCCAAGCACGACCUCCUGAAGCAGACGCUGGGGGAAGGAGAAAGGGCUGAAUGUGGAACGACAAGACCUCCUACCCUACCCCCGAAACCACAGAAACUACGGAAACCCCGGCCACGCUCCGUCUAUAAUCAUAAGCUGUUUAACGGAAAUAUGGAGACCUUCAUUAAGGAUUCAGGUCAGCCCAUUCCUCUCGUUGUGGAAAGCUGCAUUCGCUACAUCAAUCUGUACGGUCUGCAGCAGCAAGGGAUAUUCCGAGUUCCUGGAUCUCAGGUUGAAGUCAACGAUAUUAAAAAUUCAUUUGAGAGAGGUGAAGACCCACUUAUUGACGAUCAGAGUGAUCAUGACAUAAACUCUGUGGCUGGGGUUCUGAAGUUGUACUUCAGAGGCUUGGAGAAUCCACUCUUCCCCAAGGAGCGCUUCCUGGACUUCAUCUCCACUAUUAAGCUUGAGUCAUCUGCUGAAAGAGUCCACCACCUUCAGCAGAUCAUUGUCACUCUUCCACGCACCAUCAUCAUCGUCAUGAGAUACCUGUUUGCAUUCCUCAAUCAUCUGUCGCAGUACAGUGAUGAGAAUAUGAUGGAUCCCUACAACCUGGCCAUCUGCUUCGGCCCUACUCUGAUGCCUAUUCCGGAUGGCCAGGACCCCGUGGCCUGUCAGGCCCACGUUAACGAAGUCAUCAAGACCAUCAUCAUCCACAGUGAGGUUAUCUUCCCAAGCCACCGGGAACUUGAGGGCCCUGUUUAUGAGAAAUGCAUGACUGGAGGAGAGGAGUACUGUGAUAGCCCACACAGUGAACCAGGCACCAUUGAUGAGGCGGACAACGGAACGGAGCCACAUACAAGUGAUGACGAAGUGGAGCAGAUAGAAGCAAUCGCUAAAUUCGACUAUGUAGGCCGUACGCCGCGAGAACUUUCCUUUAAGAAGGGAGCAUCAUUGCUGCUUUACCACAGAGCGUCUGAGGACUGGUGGGAAGGCAGACACAAUGGAGUGGACGGUCUCAUCCCUCAUCAGUACAUUGUAGUGCAGGACCUGGAUGACGCCUUUUCUGAUAAUCUAAGUCAGAAGGCGGACAGCGAGGCAAGCAGUGGGCCCCUGCUAGAUGACAAGGCCUCAUCCAAAAAUGACCUCCAUUCACCAUGUGAGACAGCACCAGAGUAUAACUUCAGUGCAAUGAUGGGCAGGGUACGUUUGCGUUCGGAUGGUGCUGCUAUCCCACGGCGUCGCAGCGGGACAGAGAGCCAUAGUCCUCCACGUGGUUCUGACACACCUCCUCGUGCAGCUGCGUGUCCCAGCAGCCCCCAUAAAGCCAUGUUAAGCAGCAGGAGCCGCAUGGAAAGUCCUGAUAAGAGACGCCUGGGCACAUUUGGCAGCGCCGGCACUAUAAACUACCCCGAGAGAAAGAUGUAUGGAGAGGGCCAUCCACUGAGACCGAGCACUGGUACACGCCAUAGCAGCCUGGGAGACCAUAAGAGCCUGGAGGCUGAGGCCUUGGCUGAGGACAUAGAGAAGACGAUGAGCACUGCCCUGCACGAGCUGCGUGAGCUGGAACGCCAGAACACAGCCAAGCAGGCACCGGACGUGGUGCUGGACACACUGGAGCCACUGAAAAACCCUGUAAGCUCGGAGCCAGCCAGCCCCUCACACACCAUCGCUAUUCGUGACCCUGAAGCAGCUCUGCGACGUGGAAGCAGCUCCUCCUCCAAUACUGCUGAGACCAUGAUGAUGAGCACAUUCAAACCGGCGAUGUGUGCCAGACUGCCCAGUGCCCAGCUCCGACCUCCUGCUAUAAGGCCCUCACGCCCCGUGCCCUCUCAGCAGCAGCGCUCUAGCAGCUCUGGCUCUUCUGGUGUGGGCAGCCCUGCCAUUACCCCAACUGAUAAGAGCUUUCCCAGCAGCCCUUCCUCUAACACAGCUGACAAACACGGAGGAAGCAUGUAGCUCCACCAGGAGUCAGGGUCGAGGUUGGCUCUCUGCUUUGUAAUUCUGCCAGCCUUACAAAAGACCAAACUGAAUGGGGAAAUGUUUUACAUUUGUUUAUUUUUUAGUGAUCAAAUAAAAAAAAAGCCUCAGAACACUUUAGAAGUGAGCCGCGGUAACUAUGGCAACGAGGCGUACAAAGUCAUGAAGUUUACUUUUAUAGCAUUAAGCAUAAAACAUAAGGUGUAAGAAGAAAAAUACUGGAAAAUAAUAACAGCUAUGUACCACAAACAGUAGGGACUAAAAGAGUGCACUAUUUAAAACAUUCGAUUUGCAAUUUGUCGAAGCCAAGCAAUGAUAAUUCAUAACACAGAAGACUAAAUCAGGCGGCACGGUGGUGUAGUGGUUAGCACUGUCGCCUUGCACCCCCAGGUUCUGGGUUCGAUUCCCGGCCGGGCUCGAUUCCCGUUCUCUGUGUGCAUGGAGUUUGCAUGUUCUCCCCGUGCUUGGUGGGUUUCCUCAGGGUACUCUGGUUUCCUCCCACAAUCCAAAGACAUGCAGGUUAGGUUAAUUGGUGUUCCUAAAUUGCCCAUAGUGUGUGAAUGAGUGUGUGUAUGUGUGCGUGUGCCCUGCGAUGGAUUGGCAUCCUGUCCAGGGUGUACCCUGCCUCGUGCCCUAAGUCUCCUGGGAUAGGUUUCAGGUCCCUGCGACACUGAAUACAGGAUAAAGCGGUAUAGAAGAUGAGGGAGUGAGAUGACUAAAUCACAAAUAACUAAAUCAAUAUCAAGUUUAACUUAAAAAAAAUGUGUUAUUGGUAUAUCGGUGUUACAAGUUAAUUAAAAUAUAAUGGAAUCAUAACCACUUGAAAACUGGAUAUUUAGCUAUAUUUCCAUUUAAUAUGACGAACUUCUAAAUUCUAAAACAAAAUUUUAAUUUUGUUAUGAAUAUGUGGAGCAAAUACAAACAUCAAUGCAGAGUCCAAAUUUUGGACCCUACAGUAUAUAUUAGUAUAUAGUAAAGAUGUUUCUGUGAAUACACACACACACAUGCACACACACACACACACACACACACACGCAUGCACAUGCACACACAUACACAUCACUAUCUGUAUGUGUAUUUAAAAAAUAAUUAUGAUAAUGAUAAAUGAUAAGGCACCCUCGUAGGCCAGUCAUACACAGUGGAGCAAUACCUACCCAGAUUGCUGUUUGUUUCUCUCUGCACUACUCGGCCAGAGGUGUUGUUAUAGAGGGGGCGGAGCUCUCUCUCUCAGGGGAGGUACCAUAUGGCAUCUUCCCUAGGACCUUACUGUCACUCACAGCCUGUGACUCCAGAACCGCCCACAUGGGUUGUUGUAAAUAGAGAUAUACUGUACUUGAACUGGUAAUGCCUUUUGUUUUGUAGUAUAAGGGAUGUUCAGUUAAGUAACAACAUAGCCAAGUUGUAAACAUAUAUGAGAUGCAGAAACUGAAACCAAUAUCCAUUACCAACUAAUUGUAAGAAACCUGUGGUAAAGUUGUAGUUUACUUUGUAUAUAAUUUUAAGUAGUUUUUUAUGUCAAACAUGUAUAUUUGGGGACAGAACAGGCAAGAAUAGAUGGCAUUUCACACACACACACAAAAAGAGUCACAACCAGCAAACAAGGACUGCAUUCAUAAAUAUGGAUACUUUGUGUUCGCUGUCUGAGCCGUUACUUCUAAAUAUAUUCCAUUUUUCCACAUUCUGUCUUCAUCAAAAAAGCAUUUCUAAAACUCAUAAAUAUGAAACGCACUUGGACUAGUUAUUCCUAUUAAACCAAUGCCUUCUUUUCAUGAGCAGCCUUCAGGUUCGCCGGGUGCACUUUUAGAAAAUGGUCACUUAACAAGAUAUUUAAGGGUACUUAGCUUUCUAAAAGGGUUCUGCAUGGAAGAUCCCCUGAUAAGCAAACCCUUUGUUGUACAUACCAGUACAAGUGACUCAUUAAAGAAUUUUUUUUCAAACUACACUCUACUUAAGCAUAUCCAAUAGAACAAGAACAAGAUGAUACCUUGCAUGUUUUCCCGAACAUUUGUCAUGCUGUAAUCUUUCGAAAAUUGCAGCUAGCACAUGGAAAAAAAAGCAAAACACAUGAAAAAAAAUUUGCACCAAAUACAGUCAAUAUCAUAUCAAACUUCUACUCCUGCCACAAACAUACACAUCACUUCUAGAUACAUUUGCACACAUAAUGUACAAGUGUACGCAUACUGCACUUUUACAUGACCGCCUAGUCCUCGAUAAUAUCGAUCUCUUUUUACUUAAUGUAAAUCGUUGUUUUCCCAAAAUCGUAAAGGGCUUGAGUACUCUAUAUUUCUAACACAUGGGGUUAUAUAGCGAUAUGACGAGCCUUGCUAAUCCCAGAUUGGUAAUUCCCACCUCGAUGCAAAGCAGAUCCUUGCAGGGAAUGUCUCGCUUGCCCCCAUUCUGUCACAUCAACUCCAGUUCAUCUUCAGCUGGUUUCCAGUUUUCCCCUCCUCCUGCUCCCUGCACUUGGAAGAGGAAUUCUAACUCAGGCAUGAUGAUUGCCCGACUGAACCAAUUAUCUGCUUCAGUCAGUCUCUAAUCUCAUCUUUACCGCAGAUAAUCAAACAUGUCCAUUUUUUUUGCCGUCUUAUUUGCCAACUCUUGCCUGUUCUGCUCUAAUUGUAAAUGCUUGUAUAGUUGCAAGAAAAAUUCUGCUGGGAAAAAGUACUGUUACUGCACAUUUUGCUUGGUUUGCAAUGUGAUGAUGUGUAGAGAGUGGAGCCCUCGUCUUAAUGUACCAACAGCACAGACAUCUUUAUCUGUCUCGUUAUUGCGGCUUUAGGUUCAAACACGCACAAGGUGUAUGUGUCUGAGUCUUAACCCUGAUCAGUGUACCAUUUUUUUUUAUGUUGCAUUACAAUGACUUGGCCCUUUAUCUUACUGUCAGCAUUUUAUUCCCGGUUGUGUUAACAACCAGUAAUUAGUGGACAGUUUCUAAUUACUUCUCAGCUAGCUCGGCCUUUCCUUCUGCAUGGACCUUCAUUGUGCAUGUGAGGGUGACACAUGUGCAUGUGCUUCUCUGAGACAAUGCAGUUGUGCCUUUCUCAGAUCUAACACAUAGUCCUUUAAACAGAGACAAGGAGAGUUGUUCAUCAGUACUAACGUUGCAUUACUGUGACAUGUUUUCACUUAUACAGACAAUGAUCCCUACAUAUGAAAUAUGAUGUCAAGCCAGAGAAAGUAAAAAGGGCAUCCUCAUACAUUUUUUUUACAAUUACACAGUUGCAAGGUUUUAGGAAACACUAGCCCCUUACCAAAAUUGUCAUAAAUUUUACCUUUCCUUAACUGUAAGGUGCUAUCUUUAAGGGUGCAUCAUUUGUACAGUACUUAUGGUUUGUCCCAAAUAAAUAUAUGAAUAUACAUAUAAAGAUAUACAUAUAUCAGUCAUAACGUAUAAUAUACAUCUUCCUUAUAUUGUGUAGGUUCACCUUGUGCCAAAAUAACAGCACUGCCCCAUCGAAUCCUACGCUGCACAAGACCUCUAAAGGUGUGCUGGGGUAGUAUCUUUCACCAGGACCUUAGCAGCAGAUUCCUUAUGUUAUGUAAAUUGAGAGUUGGAGUCUUCAUUGAUCUGAGUAGUUCAUCCCACAGUUACUUAUUUGGAUUGAGGUUUGGGGAAUUUGGGGGUCACUGCCUUUAGAAAAUACCAUCGCCGAGAAGGGCUGUCUCGGUAGGUGGCGCAGGUCAAUGAACCAUCCAUAUGAAAUUCAAGUUUCCCAGCAGAACAUUGCCUUUUUCCCACAGUCUAUUUUUCAGGUAAGUGACAUCAACUGGACAUAUACACAAUGUAAAAGACCAAAUGUCUAAGUCAUUAGACCAGACCUCCUUAUUUCAUUCCUCCAUGAUGCUCACAUGCCCUUUAUAGACGUCCUUUAUAUUGGGUGUGGACACAAUAUGGGCAAUCUGAUCUGUCUGUGGCUAUGCAGCUCCAUACACAGCAGUCUGUGAUGCACUGUGUUUAACACCUUUCUUUCAUAAUCAGAUUUGGCUCUUUCAGCAAUUCAUGCUACAGUAGCUCUUCUAUGGGACAUCCUUUGCUCCCAAAACUCAUCAGUGAGCCUUAUGCAUUCAUGUCCUUGUCACCUGUUCAACAGGUCCCACAAGACCUGCCAUUUUGGAGACGCUGUAAUCCAGUCGACUAGCCAUCACAAUUUGCCUGCCCAUUUUUUGGUGCAGUGUGUAUAAUCGCCAUGGCACAGCUCCAAAGUCUCUGGGCCAUGAGAUUGGGUCUGUGUGGAGUUUUGCAUGUUUGCCAAAAUCUAUGUAGAUGUCCUCUGGCUACAGAUCAUUGCCUUGAGGCAUGUGUGUGCAUGGUGCCCUGUGAACAUUCUUAGAAUUGCCUUCAAAUAAUAAUAAUAAUAAUAAUACAAGUACAAAAGAUGUAGUCUUAAGGGUCCCACUUCAGUGAGAAAAGGUAUGGUUUUGUGCAGUUAUGUUUGUGACUUUUAUAAGGUAACAUUGUAGCAUUGUAAUGAGUAGUCUUUAAUUAUAUCCGUCUUUCAUUUUUGUUUGGAAAGCCCAGACACUGUGUCUUUGGUCCUGCAGCAGGUCUUGCACUGCCCUCCGGAGGCCAUAAAGAGUUUUUCUUUGUCCCUCCACUGGAGAAUGCUGAAUUUAUGUGCUUAAUCAGAGAUCUGUAAUAAAAUGGAAUAAUGCAAUUUGUCUGUGUAUAUAUAGAAUAUACAGUGAAAGUAAAAUUAGCAUGAACAGUUAUGCAUCUUUAAAAUAAUUCAGCUCAACUAAGAAAUUAACUGUGUAUAUUGAUAUACUGCCCUCCAUCUUGGUCUUCACCAUGAACAACUUCUCCAAAUAUGAGCACAAACGACACAUAUUACAAAUUGUCAUUAAGUGCACAUGUUAAUGUUUGUUACAUAUUUGUUCUUACUUUCUAACAAUUCCGUGGGACGUGCAGUUCUUUUGACUUUGAUAAGCCUGGAUUAAUUAUGAUAAGGUCCUUCGUCUUUAUCCUAUUAGAAUUUGAACUGUCAGGAAGGUCUGCUCAGCUAUCAGUAGAUGUCUUGUUGUCCUGCACUGGAUUCUUCUAAAGUGCUCAAGUGUUUUACCCUAACUUUAGUAAAAGCGAUUGAAUUUUUUGCUAGAGAUUAAUGUCACAUGUACGAUGGCUGCAGUCCAAAUCAUACCAUACUGAGGUUUAAACAAUCACCAUCUGUUUCUUAUGUGUGUUAUAUCAUCCCUAUCAUUCCUGUCUCCUCUCCGUAUGACCUGAGACUGUGCUGCACAAAAGCUUUGACUUUCUGCUCAUCAUAUAAUCCUUCUACCUAUCCUUUUAGCUAAUGCAUUGCAGUAUUUAAGGCCUAGUCAAAUCUUCUAUGGUACUUGCACGAUUACUGAGGCACUUGGUGCACUCCUGUCCAUUAUAGACUGUAUGUGGACCAUGAAUUCUGGAAGAUUUUUUUUUUCUCUGUCCGUUUGAGAACAUAUGCUCUAAUGGGUGUGUAUUGUAUGUACGCUUGACUGUAUGUAUGUAAGGUAACAGACUUCCUCCUUCUCUAGACACAUCAUUCAUAAAACUUAACUUGUGUCCGUCUGUACUAGUGGGUUGUGAAUAUUGACAUACUGUUUUUUGCCCUCCUAUUAACCCUUUUGUCCAAUGAUGCUGUUCGUUCAUGAGUGUUUGGAUGGUUGAUUCCUCCCUAUAAUGUAGGUUAACUGUACACCUUGCCACUGUCUGGAUGUGAAGAAUUCUCAAAUCCAAAAUAAAAAUAAAUGAUUUCUUUUUUUAAACCA